AUGAACCUACAUAAUAGUAGCAAUACCCAUUUAGAAUUGAGGCUUGGAAAUGAUUUUUCAUCUGGAAACUGCCAUACUCCUCUUUCGAACCAUCCAAUAUCAAUAUGUCCAGCAGUUCUCUUCGGUUCAUCAUUCACGAAUAUUUAUUUCAUUUUUGAAGGAAUCGGUAUUAAUUUGGAAUUAGGCACGACUGUUUCAACGGGGAAUAAAAUUUUCCGUAAUUCUAAUAGUUUGGAAAUUCCACAACCAAUUGAAGUAGAAGCGAAAUCAAACUUGUCAUUGAUGUUGAAAGAAGAGGAACAGGGCGAAGAAGUUUUGGCGCUGCCAAGUCCGGGAACAUUGAAUGAUAUGAUGUCAAAAGUUCAAAUCAGUCUCAAAUGUUGUGUCUUUAUUGUUAAAUUAUCAUUUUCGUUGUUGGUAUCGGCGCCUUAA